AUGUCGUGCUGUGCGCGGAAGCGGGAGCCGACCGUCUCGCGGCGUGUGCCCCCGAAAAGCGAUUAUACGGUGCGAUGGGUGGCCCGUUGGGUGAAUCGGGACUACAUCACGCUCCGCUGUACGCCCCACUCCGAGAACUCGAAUCGCACCAUUACGGUGGCCGGACGUUUGCACGAGGAUCUGGUGUACCCCUACGUGUUGACCCAGUCGAAGCACAUCUGCCGUGGCGAAGACUUUUUUGGCGGAAAGUGGAAGCCAAUGUUCACGGACAGUGACACCAAAUCGAAAGAAUCGAAGGAGACGACCACCCCCGCCGCCUCCCCCGCCAAGGCCAAGCCGUCCAGCACCCAGCCAACCGCCGACAGCAAGGAAAAAACGACCCCGGUGAGCCCUGGCCCGACCAAGACGAGGACGGCCGGCGGGAAGUCGAUGAUUGCCAGCGUGGUCAAGCCGUCCGCACACAAGCCGGCCGUCGCGGGGCCCAAGAUCCAUUUCAAGGAGCCGAAAUCGGUGUGCCUGUCGCUGACCGAGUCGGGCCAGCCGGGCGCCGGCGCGAAAAGGCAGACCAAGAAGAAGAAGGGCACCACCUUGUCCAAGCCGACCCCCGACCUGCUCACCGCCUGCGACGACGACGUCAGCAACAAGUCCAGGAAGAAGAAGGAUCAGACGCUGGCCACCGCCGCUGAUUCGGAAAAGUCGCGGAAGAAGAAGAAGCCCGGUCUCCGCGGCAUGCUGCACAUGAAGCCGAACGCUUCGAAAAUUAAGGAGGUCACCUGCGAGGAGGCGCCGAAGACGCUCAAGGAGGGUAAG